GCCUCCACAGCAGCCUCCAUUGUAGUUAAGGCAAAACCAUAAAAGCUGGUGACGAUGAGACAUGUAGCAAUAUUCGUCAAGGGCUUGAGGAAAGCAUUGUUAUCUAGUUGGCUCGUAGCACUCAUCACAGACGGGGCAAAAUGGAGUCACCAUCAUUCACAAUAUUUCCAACGUCUGAAACAGGAUCUGGAGAUUACACAGAGGACUAUGAGGGAGGCUAUACUGAGACCCCAGGGGGAAUGUGUGAUAAGUCCUGGGUGAGGGAGUUCCGGGGUCUCUAUGAACCCCCUCUGUUCUGGCUCAUCUUCUCCCUGGGCGCCGUGGGCAACCUGAUGGUGGUCUUCAUCUUUACCACGGUACGCCACCGCCUCAAGACUAUGACAGACGUGUACCUACUCAACCUGGCUGUGGCUGAUCUCCUCUUCCUGGGUACACUGCCCUUCUGGGCUGCUGAUGCCACCAGGGGCUGGGUGUUCGGCCUGGGCCUCUGUAAGAUCCUCUCGGCCGUCUACAAAAUCAACUUCUUCAGCAGCAUGCUGUUGCUCACCUGUAUCAGUGCGGACCGCUAUGUGGCAAUCGUCCAGGUCACCAAGGCUCACAACCUGAAGAACAAGAGGCUGUUUGUCAGCAAGUUGGUCUGUCUGGCUGUCUGGAUCAUCUCAGGCCUCCUGGCUCUGCCAGAGUUCAUUUUCGCCCAGGUGAAGCCUGACCACAGGGGCAAUUCCUUCUGUGUCCUGGUCUACCCCAACAACCUCUUCAACCGCACCAAGAUCCUGGUGCUGGCUCUGCAGGUCUGUGUGGGCUUCUGCCUGCCUCUGCUGGUCAUGGUUCUAUGCUACUCGGUCAUCAUUCGCACCCUGCUGCAGGCCAAGAGCUUUGAGAAGCACAAGGCACUGAGAGUCAUCUUCGCCGUGGUGGCUGUGUUUGUCCUCUCCCAGCUACCGUACAACGGGCUACUCGUGGUUGAUGCCACGCAGGCCGCCAACACCACCAUCAAGGACUGUGCCAUAUCGGGCCAUUUCGAUGUCGCCGGGCAGAUUGCGAAGAGCCUUGCAUACACCCAUGCUUGCAUUAACCCCUUCCUGUAUGUGUUCAUUGGCGUUCGCUUCCGGAAGGAUCUGCUGAGGCUGCUGAGGCAGUACACCUGUGGCCUGAACCAGAGAGGCCUCAAUAAGAUGCAGGCCAUCCCCAAACGCCCCUCCGUCAUGUCCGACACCGAGACCACCCCUGCCCUCUCCUUGUAACCCCGCCUCCCUGAGACCACUCCCCCUUCUCAUCUUGGCGUUACCAUACCUACCCACACAUUAAACAUCACCUCAGACCAUACUGUUGGGUUGAAUCCUAGCUAAAGAUCUGUGUGCGUAAUUCAAAUUUCUCAUUGACAUCCAUACAUUUAAACGUGUAAAGGUGAAUUCCAGGGGUCUCAAAGUUAGGCUUCAGCCCCCUGGGAUUGCCUCCGACCUUAUCAUUACUUCCAUAUGAUAUCAUAGGCUGCUAAGGACCGCACAUUUCCAGGGCGACAAACCCAGCUGCAUCCUGAUUACAUUGGUAUUUUGCCAGUAUAGAAAUGCAUUGUUGUUUACAUAUACCCUGUGCAGACAGUCAACAUACAAUACAUCCAAAGCAUACAGUUCUCUAGGUCCUUGUAUAAAAGUGUACAUUACUGUAUAUAAAUUGUGUCAAUGAGUAUUGUUACCUUGACUGUGUUACUGUUUUCUGUAUUUGUAGAGUAGGUGCUGCUGCAAAAUUAUUGGCAUUAUAAUUGUGAAAGGUAUCCAUUAAAACUGAAAUAAAAUGAUUGUCCUCUGUUGUUUGUCAAAGUGAGAACAGUCAA